CUUCUGGUUACCAGCACGAUUCACGGUGUGCCCACGGCUUCUGUUUCUCAUCUGCUGCUCCUCCCGCGUCCCGAUCGUAGAGCAAUUUCGGGCGUUACGCACUAGGGCGCUCGUAGAUCAACAGGGCGAUGCGGUAAUCACUCCCGCGUAAAGUGUGUUAGAGGUUCGGACCAGGCUCCAAGAGCGAGAUGGGACACAUAGGUGCAGAUACACAUGGUAAGCAUCACUGCGCGAUCUCGACGUCUUGGUUGCUGUACAGAACGUCAGAACGCAACGCAUCGUCCCUAGUGCGGGGAAUGCCACGAAUCGUAUUUCCAGCUAGUUUGUGUCGGUGGAGAGUUACCUAGUUCAGUCUAGUAAAGUUCAGGGCAGCUUGAGAUGCUGUCACGUGCUAUUCGAUCUGUGAUAAGAUAACCUACACUUGUUCUCGACGAUCAUGGCUGGAUCGAGAUUCGCUCAUGUGCGGAACUUUGAGCUUCCUGAUCCUCUGCUCCCUGGGACCUACAUGGUCCUCAGACUCGACGGGCACUCUUUUCAUCGUUUCUCAGAUGAACAUGGUUUCACAAAGCCGAACGACCUACGAGCGCUCGAGCUCAUGGAUCAUGCCGCUCGCGAUCUCAUGGAUCAGCACGCCGACACAGUUCUCGCAUUCGGUGAAUCGGAUGAGAUGAGUGUUAGCUUCUUGCUCAGAAAGUCGGCUUCGCUGUACAAUCGGAGACAAGCCAAGAUACUCUCGACGCUCACCUCGUUCUUCACCUCAUCCUACGUCUUCCAUUGGACGACAUACUUCCCGGACACACCGCUGAAGUACCCCCCGUCGUUCGAUGGCAGAAUCGUUCUGUAUCCUAGCGAAGCCCAGAUCAGGGACUACUUUUCGUGGCGGCAAACAGACACGCACAUCAACAAUCUGUACAAUACUGCCUUCUGGGCGCUUGUCCAACAGGGCGGAGAGACUACAACCCAGGCCCACGCUACGCUGAAAGGGACGCUGUCGAAACAAAAGCACGAAAUCUUGUUUUCUCGAUUUCAGAUCAACUACAACGCCCUCGAUGCUCGAUUCCGCAAGGGCAGUGUCCUUGUACGAGAAGAGAUCCCCAGUGCUGAGGCGGAUACCUUGGGUGAAGUGAAGCCGGGAAGAUCGAAGACUCGGACUAGGAUUGUUACCUUGCAUUGCGAUAUCAUCCAGGACCAGUUUUGGAAUGAAAGGCCACAGCUCCUCGGAUGCUGAGUUGCGAGAUUUCCAGAUAGAUUGUCCGGAAAGGAAUCGGCCCUGCCCAGCCUCGCAAUCCAGUUGCAAAUCCAGGAAAGUAUCGAUGAUGAAUUGCUUGGGAUAUAAGGCUACACGAGAUUACAGGGGCUACAAGUGAGGGCAGUCGAUAGAGAGAUAUUAGUGGUAUGAGAAACAUCGCAACGCAAGAAAGGGCUCAAUAGCCAUAAGCUGUGGACUGAGUGUCCCAGAUUGAGCCAUAGUGUCCACCAAACAUCGCUUGCGGCUGCUGGGACUGAACUGAAACCCCAAUAGCACCAGGAUGCUCGAAGGCAAAGCUCGCGUUCGAGGCGAACUGAAUGCCGGUGAACUCGAACUCGACCUCCUCCGAAUCACAUGCCGUCUCGUGGAUGUACUCGCUGAAAUCGUACUCAGGAACGGCGUACGUCUCGUACGAGGAUGGAGCGGGAAGGAGGGAUGGCGAUGGGGACGGCGACGGCAAUGCCAUGCACGGCUGCAUGUAGGGUGUCUUCCAUGGCUCGAGGGAAGACAGCAGCUGCGUGUGGUGCUCAUCAACGUGUAUCAAGCUGACGAGCUGAUCGCUCUCGAUCCCAAAGUCGCAUGGGCGGUCGUCGUAGGAAGCUGGUCGGAAAGAGCUCAGGGGCACCUGUUUUCAGAAUGUGCAUCAGACCGGAGACCUGGUAGUAGCGCAGGAAGGAGCUCACAUCGGUGGAGGCCCACGAACAAGCUGCAUCCAGCAGAUGACUGGAAGAGAGGGAGCCAGACACAGAAGCUCCCUGCGCACGCGUCCCGAGUGAAGCGGCAGGAGAGGUACGAUAGUAAGCCGACUCGUCGUCUGAUGUAGGGGACGACGACGCCGGAGACGAUCGCAAAGACGCCUGCCGAGCGGCCUGAGCGAGAUUUUUCUUCAUCCGCCGCGACAGACCAGCUGAGGUGCCCGGCGUGUAGCGGUAGUGCGGAUACAUCCGCGCGUGAUCUUCCUUCUCCCUCUGCGCCUGCUCGGUGUACGGCCGGCGCUCCUCAACAGACAUGCCGCGCCACACGUCUGCUGCGGAGCAGCUCAUGCGGGUUUGAGCGAGCGACUUGGGCUGGAGCGAAGCCGCCUUCUGCUUGUGCACGAACUCGGAGCGGAAGCAGAAGAAGGCGUUGCGAGGACGAGGAAUGUGCUGGGGCGGAGAGGAGUUGGGGGACUGGAUGUGUUCUUCUGCUGUCGACGAAUGAGUCCGAUGUAGAAGCCGUCCAGUCAUAUCGAACGCACCGGUACAGUCUGUCGGAUCGGAGUGUUGCAGUCUACGCGACUUGCGGUCGGGGUAAGCGAUAGUACUGCGGACGACAGGCAUGGGGACGCGUAGAGAAGCGAGAUAGUUUUGAGCUGGAGUGCUUGCUGGAGUGAGAGACUCGACUGUAUUCUGUGUGCAUAUUGGCCAUCCCGAAGAUCCUUUUGAAUCGCGGCUGAGAAGGGUAACGCAUCCAUUUCUGGAGCCGUGGGACACUUACCCCUCGUUAAUAGCACGUCGUGGCCUUUACUCUCUGAUCUCUCACAUCGAUCAUGAUGUCUAUACCUUAUAAGGCAACUGCUGAUCAUAAUGACAUAGGUCCCUGCGCAGAUUGUAGGUCUGAUCCCUUUGUGCUAUGGUCGAUAAAGGGAACAAUCAAAGCGCUCAUACCUCGUUGAAUAUCUUCGCCAAGUUGACAAGCUGUACGUGGAAUCCCCGAUAGGAUCGGGCGCG